AUGACGGCGGAGAAGAAGAAAAUGGGAAAGAAGGAGCGACGAGCGGCGUUCGGACCGAGCGUGGCGUUGAAUAAAGAGCUGAUGUCGUGUGAGACGUUGGAGGCGUUGGCGGAGACGUCGCGUCGCGUCGCGCGGGACAUGUCGGCGGUAAACGUCGCGACGACGUACGGAAAAUUGGCCAGGUUCGCGCGAGGGGGACGAGGGAAAGUUAGUGAAGAGAUCAAGCGGUCGGAAUGGUUCGCCGAACUCGAAGAGCGCGCGAUGGAGAAGCUGGGGGAGUGCGAAACCAAGGCGCGCGCCGUCGCGCAAAUUGCGUGGGCGUGCGGGUACUUGGAUAGGGGUCGACAUCUGCAUGGUGAAGAUGCGUUUUGGGAUGAAUUAGAGCGGGCUAUUGAGAGAGAAAUUAGUAAAUGCGAGCCACAAGGUGCGAGUAACGUCGCGUGGGCGUACGCAAAGCUUGAGAUGCGCAUGCCGAACGGCAUUCGCAACGCCAUAGAAAAGCACAUUGUGCAAAAUGCGAGUGCGUACAAACCGUUCGAAUUGAGCAUCACGUUUUGGGCGCUCACGAAGUUUGGAGACAUUCCGACGGAGGAAAUGCUAGAUGUAUUCGAGCGCGAGAUGCGACUUCAAUCGUGUGGUUCACAAGAGCUUACGAACAUCGCUUCGGCGUACGCGCGCAUCAGCGGACGGAGAGUGCGUCAGGGGACUCAAGGUUUCCUGAAAGAGUUAGCCUCGAAUGCUUUCACCAUUCUGCACGAAUUCGACAACACGGAACUUGCGAUGUUUCUCUGGGGGUUGUCAAACGCGGGUUACUACCUGGACGACGACGAUGCGAUGGAGAUAUUCAAAGUAGUUGAGAGGCGAGCGAGCGGCGCCAAACGAUUGGAGCCACAACAAAUUGCCUUGAUCACGGGAUCGUUUGCGACGUUCACGGACGACGUCACGGUGACGCACUACAAUUGCGAGACCGGAAGUCCGCUUUCGCAUCUUCGAAUGAGUGCGCAAACACGAGCGGCGCUCAAAUCCGCGAUCGUAGCUCUGGAGAACACCUUUCUGGCCUCCAUCGCGAAGUGCAACAUGGACGAUUUGAGCUACGUAAUGUGGGCGUUCGCGCACCUGGAGCAUCGGCCCAGUGACGAGUUUGUUCGACGGCUCGAGGAAGAAGCGAUCGAUAAAAUCGAAGAAGCGAGCGCAAAAAAUCUAUCAAACCUAUUGUACGGAUUUGGAACGCUAAACUUGGCAGGACUCGGAGUGUUUACGCACGCCAUGUUUUGCGUCUCGCAAAAACUGGAAGAGUUUACACCAGUUGGAAUCUUCAUGGUUUGCUCGGCUUUGGCGAGUAGUAACUACGAUCCGGGACCACAGAUGAUGUUACAGUUCGAAAACAAGCUCAUGAAAUCGGCGCAUGCGUUUGAAUCGCAAGAUUUCACCGAAUUCUUGCGCGUAUUCGCGAGGCUUAGGUACAUGCUCGCGGACGAAACUUUCGAUUUCAUCGGCGUAAGCUCGGCGAAGACGCUUGAUCGCUUCGACUCAUACAGGAUAAGCAUGACUUUAUGGUCGCACGCGACGCUGUGCGCACAGCCUCAUGAUGCUUUACUCGCGCGGAUUGAAGACGAGAUUCGAGGUUCUGCGUCCCAGUUCAAACCGCAAAACUUUGUGUUGGCUUUGUGGUCGCUCGUUUUGCUCGGCUCACUGGAAGACGCGCGAGACAGUGUCGUGCGUGUCUUGCACGCGCUCGUCAAACUUCAAGGUGGUGCUUUGACGAGUUCGGAAGACUUGGAGGAUGCGCAACUAUGCUCUCUCUACAUGGCGCGUCUCACUUCUAUGGGAAAGCCGUUCGAAGAGCUCAUCCUUGGCGUCACGGAUGGCGUCGCCGACGAAUGCGAGCGUGCCUGGCUCCGCGCAAAGGCUCAAGAUCCGACGAUUAGCAAAGUUCAGCAUCACAUCGGCGAAGUACUCCGCGAAAUUGGCGCGCAAGAUUUUGAGGUUGAAGCGCUCGUGGAGGGCGGCAAGAUUCGUUCUGAUAUCGUAUUCCCGAACUCGCGAAUCGUCGUUGAAGUCGACGGUCCGCAUCACUACAGCCGCGACGCAUCCGGUCGUCUUCGCGAGCUCGGUCAAACCGUCAUGCGCAACAAUCUUUUAAAAUCAUGGGGUUGGCGUGUCGUCAUCGUUCCCUACGCCGAUUGGGGCGACAUGCUCACCAUUGAAGAGAAAGCGUCGUAUUUACGUUCUCUCCUCGGCGACGAAGUCUUCGUCGCGUAG